AUGCAAGAGUUUGGAGAUGGGGUUAGAGUAACAAUCUCUUAAUCAUUUACAACAACAAAUAUUAUAAAUGAAGAUGGUAUAAUUAAAUUGAACAAUAGGUUGGACGGUAACGGGAGGCUAACCUCUGGCUACUACGUGUAACGGCAUCAAUCUAUUUGGAGGAUACAAUGUUUUUGGUGCAAACACUAGUGUGAGUAAAAUAUUUAGCCUUCCACCUCAUUACUAUAUAUAUUUGAAGAUAUAAUUUUGGAAGUAACUUAUUUGUAAAGUUUAGGAUCGACACCUGGUUAUAUAAGAAUGUUUUCCUUUUUGGAGAUGGUUAAAUUGCAUGGAAUAAAUUGUUUUACACUUAAGAUGGAACAGACUUGUGUGGAUAAAAUGGAUUAGAUUCUCAUGAUUAUUAUACUAAUUUUAGUUGGAGAUUGACUCACUCUAGUCCAACAGCAGUAGUGUUGAUAACGUCAAACUUGGAUGCAACCUAUAAUAUAACAAUGUUUAAUAAAAAAGGGAUAUUGGGGAAUGAGGGACUUCAGCAUAGAUGUGGAGAAAUGUCCUGAUGGCUGUUUGUUAUGCAAACUUGGCGAUACAAUAAAUGAUUGUUCAAAUUGGAAAUUUGUAGCAAAAAGCUGGGAUUAAUUAGAUAUUAUAACAGCAGAUGGAUGGAACGUAGUAAAUGGUCUUUUAGAAAUGACCAAAUGUGGACGUAAGACAGUUUAUAUAUUUUAGCCGUUGCUCUAUUUAGAGGGUUCGGAAAGUUUGGUGCUGGAUCAAUAAUAAGUACCACAUUUGAUAUUUAAUACCCACAUUUUAAAAUCAAAAUCUUUAUUCUAUGGGCUAAAAUAGAUGCAUGGGAUAAUGAAGCAGCUUAAAUACUGGUAGAUGGAACUUUAGUUUGGGAAAAAAAGUUUAUUGCAACAAACGGCUAUUAUGGGAAAGUUUGCGGUAACUCGUAAUUUGCCUCUAAAACUUUAUUUUCCAGAACAGAAUUAGAAGUAAAUCAUUAGGCAAAUUCUGUUAAAAUUCAAGUCACUACAAAUCUCAAUGAAGCUUUUGAUGAAGAAUCAUUUGGAGUUAGAGAUUUUUAUUUGUAUUAUUAAGAGUGUCCUAGUUUUUGUAAUUAGUGCACUGGGCCAAAUGGAUCAGAUUGCUUAAGUAUAUCUUUUGAUUAUUAUUUAGUUUGUAAAAAUGGUUACUACAGAACAGGAGUUGAUGAACUUAUGUGUCAAGGUACCAGAACAUCUUAUCUAUUUAGAAUGCUAUAUCUCAUGUGAGACUUGUUAAGGACCGACAAAUUAAGAUUGUACAGAUUGCGGAAACUAUGAACUGAAUAAAAAAGAGUUCAUCAAUGGGCAAUGUCUUUGUCCCAAAUAUAUGGCUGAAUAAAUUAAGAAUGAUGGCUCUACUUGGUGUUUGCGUAUUUAAUUAAACUAGAUAGCAUGUCAUCCAAUGUGUGAAAAGUGUGAAUUUCCACAAGACAAUACAAACAAUCAAUAUUGUACUAUGUGUUUACCAGGUUAGCAUCGAAUUGUGUCUGAUGAUUUAAAAUGCAUUUGUAAGACAGGCUAUACAGAUGAGGGAGUCUUAGACAUAUGUAUAAGUAAUCAAAAAUAAUAAUGUAUUUAGAAUGCCAUUAUACAUGCGAAAAUUGUUCAGGACCAUUAUCAACAAAUUGUACAACUUAUUCAUUAUCUUCUCAUCGUCAUCUAACUGCAGAUUAUUAAUGCUAAUGUGA